UCCAUUAAGAACACCGGCUAAACUCUAAAAGCCAAAACUUUUUCUUUUUUAUUGGGCAUUUCAUAAGAUCUUGAAUUUCUCAUCACCAAGUUCCAAUCUUUGGAUUCUCGCAGUUUUUCAAAAUGUCUCAAAAUUUUGAAAACAAAGGAAAAUUUUCAAUCCGUGAUAAGUCUAUGGAGAAUAAUGGGUUCUCCAGAGAUCUGUUGCAGGGAUUUGUAACACCGAAUAUGAUACCAAGCAACUUGGAGGAAACAUCGCAAAAAAGUAGUGAAGAAAAUGAAAAGGAGGAAGAACAGAUAGAGCUAACUCUCGGGCUUUCUCUUAAUGGCCGUUUUGGGUUUGACCCAACGAGAGCAGAGCUGUAUCGUUCAUCUUCAAUUCCGGUGAAUCUAGAAAUUUACGCCGCCGUACCGGAAUCUCCUCCGGUAAUGGUCCGAACCAGUUCACUACCAUCUGAGAAAGGGGAAGCGUGGCGUAAGAGAAAAGAGAUCCAAUCGCUGAAACGACAGGAAGCAAGAGGGAGGCGUCUGGGGAAAAGGAAAAUCGUAAAGACUGGUGUGAUCGGUGAACAAAUCGGAGUGGGUAUUGAAUCGGAAGGAGAGAUAAGCGAGAAAAUCUAUACUCAGUGGCCGAAUCCUUCAAGACAGGGGUCGACUGGUUCUUCAGGGGUAUCUGAAUCUGCAUCUCCACCAACACCAGUUCAAGGGAUGGUGAAUGAUCAAAACAAGAAGAAUCGGAUUGUUUAUACGAGUAAGGAAGAAGAGAUAAAGAUGAGGAAUGUGUUUCUGGAAAUGCCAUGCGUGUAUACUAGAGGAGAUGGACCAAAUGAGAAGAGAAUUGAAGGGUUCUUGUAUAAGUAUAACAGGGGAGAAGAAGUAAAGAUCGUAUGUGUUUGCCAUGGAAGCUUUCUUUCUCCGGCUGAGUUUGUCAGGCAUGCCGGUUGCAUGGACGUUGAAAAUCCACUUAAGCAUAUCGUCGUUAACCCUUUCCCUGACAUGUGAUGAUAGUGUCGAUCUUCUUUUCAUAGUAUACUUUAAUUAAGGAGAAAGAUAGAGAAAAAAAAACAAGACUUAAUUAAUUUUGUUGUUUGUUUUUUGUUUGUUUCUUGUUUCGUAUGCAGUUUAAGUUUAGUACUGAGUUAAUCAGGCAAUUCAGUUUAAAAAACUGUACUGGGUUGUCUUUUCUUUCAUAAUUUUGUCAAAAAAGAAAAGAAAUUUGGCCUCUCUAGACAUGAAAAUGAUGCAUGUUCGUCACUAUCAUCAAUAAGAGAAGUUAUUUUUCAUC